AAGCUCUAGAUUUAAAUUGUGUGUAUUUAGGUGUCAAUUUACCUGCAAAUGUAUCCGAAGAAGAAAGGGAUGCAGUAGAAUAUGGUCACCAUGAAUCGACGGAACGUCACAGUGAAGACAACAUGGAUAAUGAUGUAACAUCUUCAAACUUGCAAGUUGAAGUUACAGCAAAUUUCAACGAGAAUCGAGAGCUUACCCAGCAACUGUUUUACGGUACAGAUGUCCAAGCUCAAGAAGAAGCCACAGACAAAAUCCAAAACCAGAACAUCGAGAUGGAGCCUCAGCCUCAGAUAGAGGAUUUCGAUGACACAGAAAGGAAAAGAAAUUCUCAUCCAUCUACACAGGUUACACACGGAUGUAGAAACUUAAAUAAAAGACGACGGUUUGGUGAGAUUUAUGAACUGGAAGUAGAAGAACGGAAAAUGAGACUGGAAAUACACAAGCUUUUGAUGAGAGAGAAAGAAGAGAAACUAAAGCAAAGAACAGAGAAACAUGAUUUGGAAAUACAACUAAAGAAACAAAAACACGAACAGAGAAUGAGAGAAAGAGAAGAGAAAUUAAGAAUGGAGAUAGAAAGACAUGUACUAGAGCAGAGACUUUUAGAACAGAAGCUCCACAAGGAAGAAAGUAAAGGGAUGUUGACAUCAAGCCACGAGAUACUGGAUGUAGCAGGACUCAGCUAUACACAACUGUAAGUCAAGGCGUGUUUGUGUUUAUGGGUGUUUUGUUUGGC